UGACUGUUUUCCCUGCUUUUCCUUCCUUGGAGACUGUUGUGAAGCUUUUGACAUCCAAAUAACAUGACACCACUCCAGACAUUACUCCUGUUUCUCCUACUUGUUCUUCUGGCAAACUUUUCCAAUCCUCUGGAGGAUAAUAAGAUUCCCAGUCUGUGUGCGGGCAGCCCGGGUAUUCCGGGUUCACCGGGGUUGAAUGGCAGCCCAGGCCAGCCGGGACGGGACGGAAGAGAUGGGCGCGAUGCCCCACCCGGGGAGAAAGGAGAGAGAGGGGACAGAGGAGAGCCAGGUCAGUCAGGUGAGAGAGGCUUAAGGGGGGAUCGGGGAGACCCGGGGGAGAAGGGAGAGAGGGGCUCCCCAGGAGAAUGCGCUGUGGCCCCUAAAUCUGCCUUCAGCGCCAAGCUGUCGGAAGUACGCACCACCCCCGUGGCAGCGGGGAACGCGGUGUAUUUUGACAAGGUGUUGCUAAAUGAGCAGGGAGAUUAUAAUCCGGAGACUGGUCGCUUUACCUGCAGGGUACCAGGGGUUUAUUACUUUGCCGUCCAUGCCACAGUUUACAGGGCCAGCCUCCAGUUCGACCUGAUGAAGAACGGACACACCGUGGCCUCCUACUUCCAGUUUUUUGGGAACUGGUCCAAGCCUGCUUCACUGUCCGGGGGAACUCUUCUUCAUCUGAUCCCGGGCGAUCAGGUCUGGGUGCAGAUGGCACUGGGAGAGUACACUGGAUUCUAUGCCAGCACGAAGACAGACAGCACCUUCACUGGGUUUCUGGUUUACUCAGACUGGAAAAACUCAGCUGUCUUUGCAUCUUGAGAGUUUAUGUUUUUCCCAGAGUCUUAAUGCACAUAUAAACACAGUACAGGUCAACUAAAAAUGGAGAGUUGAUAUAUAUUCACUCUUACAUGGUUAUAUUUUCAGCUGUGCUUUUCGGCUGUUUAUUGCCUCUCUAUUUUCUUGAGAACAGACAACGAUCAGUAUUUUGAUCAGUAUUUGGCCUACAGCAUUUGGUCAUUUCAGUAGUUUUGUUUUUUGUUUUGUUUUUUUUAGAUAGUUUUUUUGGUUGAGCAGUCAUCAACAGGUUCGGUAAUACCAAAAAAAUCCAUUAAUCCAAAGUCAUCACAUGCAAUGAUUCAGACAAGUUUCACAUGUGAAACUUCAAAAUAAGUGUUAGAACAUCUUCUAAAAUCAUGGUUCUCAUUUGGAAAAAAGUAGCUGGUAAUUUAGGAGCAGACAUUUUCUACAUUCUUCAGUUAUGCUGUCAGAAAAAGUAAUUCCACUGUUUUGUUCUGUUUUUUUUCUUUUGUCCUUACCACACUUCAGUAAGGACAAAGCUGAAGGCAUUGUGAGAACAGGAAUUCAUUUUAUGUCAUCUGAAGCUUCUUAAAGCUGAUAAUGUCAAACAUUAUAGUAGUAUGGUUACACAGACAUGAAAUAUGAUACCCUGUAUUAACCACUAUUUUUAUUACACUACAGUGUCAUAGUUGUGUCAUUUUUUCCAGACUUGUGGGUCCUCUUAAACUUAAUGAUUUCACCAAACAUCUGCAUUUACACACUCCAAGUUGUAACAUAAGUGUUUACCAUGCGCAGCCAAGGCACCUGGAAUGCAGAUUUUCUGUCUGCUGAAUAUGUUUGAUUUAAGGCAAAGCAAAUCGUCCAAAUUUUCCCAAAGCUGGUGGCAAAGGACUGACUUCUCGACACUCAAAAGCUCAAAAAGACGAGAGGAAUGAGGAGCACCCCCCUCGUUCCUGCACGGUCGGAGCCUGCAAAAUAUUAGUCCUCUUGAGAGGAUCUACGAGAGCUGGAGUCAGAUAUUUAAUGCUGCGUGUAACUAGUCAGGAAAAUCCCAGUUCUUUAUGAAUUUUUAAAUUAUGAAUGAGUAAACGUUGAUCUGAUGGAUAUAACUGACUGAUGC